AUGCCAGCACGACGUAAAGCAGCGGAAUCAGCUACAACGCCACGAAAGACAAAGGAUAGUGCUGGCGAUAACGUUGGAAGUUCACCAAAGUACAUAGCAUACGUGAAAGAACGUUCAACCGUGACUAGUAUACAAACACCGGACGUAAAUCCUUUUUCAAGGGAAGAAGCAAUAUAUUGGAAAUUAUCUUUUCCUCGUCAGGAUGUUCCUGAUAUCAGAAUGACUCCUCCUCCAACCGGAAACCGUGAGAUCAUUAGGGGAGGAGUUGACACCAAUCAAGGAAACAAUCCAGGAUUUGUAAGCCAAAGUCAUAAUUCUGCAUGGUCGCAAGCUAUCAACAAUAAAUUAUUAAAAUAUUUAAUAUUCUUCACCAUGCUAUUACCAAUUUUAUUAAUAUUAUCAAAAUCAAAAGCUCUGGAUGAGAAUCAAAGUUUUUUGGAAUAUUUUCCAGAACAUUUACGAUCAGCUAAACUUUUAUUUUCGCAAGUGGAUACUGAGACAUAUAAAAUUCAACCAAUUGGAGAGAAUGACAAAAAAAAUAACGAUCGUGAUCAUAAUCUCGAUGUUAAUAAUAGCGUAAUAUUUACAUUAGAAGACUUGAGAAAAAUCAUUGUGGAAGAAGUAAAGAAUCAUGUCAAAUCCGAAUAUGAUAAAGCUUUACCAUCAACGCCGAUUGAACCAAGUACCGAACACCUCCGUAAUUUGAUAAGCCAUGAAGUGAAGCAAGUUACCAACGAAGUUAAAAACGAAGUAAAAAGCAUAGUGACAUCAGAAGUUAAAAGGGAAAUAGCUAUUCGUACGGGUUCGAGGUCGAGAGGACUUAAAGGAGCGGAAAUGAUGGAAAUAAUACGUCAAGAAGCGAAGAAGGUGGUACUAGAAGAAUUAUUAGUAUUCUCUCAAGACAAGAUAAACAAACCAGAUUUCGCAUUACAUUCGAGUGGUGCCAAUGUGAUCAGUAAGUUCACAAGUAAAACGUAUGAAUUAUGGCCUGAUAAAUGGUAUAAAAAAGCAUUCGCGUACUUAUCAGGACAGGGUAUCAUACGCGGUAAACCACCUGUGACGGCGAUUUCUCCCGAUACUCAUGUUGGGCAAUGCUGGCCAUUCUCGGGAUCCGAAGGUCAAUUGGCGAUCUUACUUAACAGGAGAGUUUACGUUACCGCGGUUACUUAUGAUCAUGUUAGCAGAAAUGUUUCGAUUGAUGUAAAUUCGGCUCCAAAAGAAUUUGAAGUAUGGGGUAUAAUCGAUGAUGGAACGGCUAGUAAAGAAAGUGAAACAGAAGAGAAUGAGGAUUUAGAUAUCGAACCAUUUGAAGAAAAUUACAUGGAAUCAAUCGAAGAAGAAUGUGGUAUAAGACAAGAAGGUGAAUACGAACCCGAUAAGGAUUAUCACUUGCCAAUGAAUGGUAAUUCAAAUGAUGGUUUAGGCGAAUUGGAUCUUAAUAUAACUAGGGAAUUGCAUUUAGGCAAAUCUCCUCUACAUUUAUUCUUGGGCACAUAUGUUUAUAAUAUUAGUUCUGUACCUGUACAAACUUUUGAAGUGCCCCAAGAUAUUUUGGAAUCGAAUAAACCGGUUAGAGCAGUUAUCAUGAAAGUUAAUAGUAAUUGGGGUAAACCUGGUUAUACUUGCCUAUAUCGUUUCCGUGUACAUGGCAAUCCUAAGUGA